AUGUCUUGCGACAACAGCUCUAAGAUCAUCUUCGUAACUGGAGGCACCGGUUUCAUUGGCUUCCAGGUCCUAGUCCAGCUUUUGGCUUCUGGGUAUUCUGUUAGAGCCUCUGCUCGAGGCAAGAAGUUCGAUCUUUUGAGAAACAUAUUCUCCAAUUACAAGAAUUGCGAUGUCGUUGACAUUCCGGAUAUUUUCAGUGACGACCUCAGCGAUGUUCUUCGAGGAGUGUACGGGAUUAUACACGUCGCCGCGCCUUUACCCGGUGCUGAAUCGGAGAGGACUAUCAGGGAUGCUACCCAGGGUUCUCUUCAUAUAUUAAAUGCGGCCGUCAAAGCUGGUGUGGGGCGGAUUGUUACCACAGGGUCCGCCGUGACUUUCCCUGCAGGGGGUCCCUAUGGACCUAACGAUUGGUACCCAAUAACACGUGAAGAUGCAGAGCACACGAACAACGGAUCGGUUUAUUUACUCGCAAAAAAGCUUACCGACCAAGUCUUUAUGGAAUUCAGCGAAUCACAUCCAGAGCUCAACAUCUCAAUCCUCGGGCCAGGCCUCACGUUUGGGCCUUUCGCGCCAGGCUUUGAGCAAUUGCUGCCAGAACCAAACUACACAGCCUUUUCGUCCAACGCCUAUUUUUACGCACUUCUUCGGCCUGACAACGUCCACUUUCCAGUUCAUCUCCAAAAUGGGGCCAUUGACGUCCGUGACGUGGCACGCGCCCAUCUCCUCGCUCUUGAAUCACCCCCUGCCCCCCGAAAGAGGUUCGCCAUCGUAUCUCCACACCAGUCGUCAUAUAAGACUGCCCUCGAAACCAUCGCGAAGGAAAGACCAGCAUUGAAACACCGGCUCGCUGAUCCAUCAAAGGCUCCGGUGUGGCCUUCGUAUACGCUCAACGUGAACAGGGAAAAGGUAGAACAAGUCAUCGGAUUUAAGGCAGACUCGUACAUUCCUUGGGCGCAGACUGUUGUUGAAACCAUAGACAGUCUGCUUGCGGUGGAGAGGUACUGGAAAGCGAAGGGAUUUCAUGUGGAAGUCCCAAGCACAUCACCCUUUCCGUUUACUGUAUCGAAGUUGUGA